CUGCACUGUAGAUUCGCCCAACGCUCGGUUUCGGAAUCUGGUGGUUGACAUUGACGAAAGCCGAGCGAACAUAGCCGACAGCUUUUUGCCGGUGCCGUGCGAUGACGCGCAGGAUCAUCGGUACAGACGACUAGACGAGGGCCUCGUGAACGCACUGACACGGAAGUUUUCGCUUGUGCCAGUGCCAGCCGUGAUCAAAGUCGGGCCGUCGACAGUGGUCGGCAGUCACGAGGGCCAGGAAAGCAGCGAUCCCUCGUGGAGUAUGGUAACCGGACCUAACGUCAUUUUUGAGCUGACUGACGCACUUCCUCACGAUACAGACGUUUUUUGCGCAGUAUUCGAGGAGGACCGACAACACCACAUUGAAAUAGUUGCCGCACCGCCCGCGGACUCAAGCGGAAGGUCGUAUACGUGCAGUGUACCGGAAAGCAUCCGCCGAUUUCCCGGCAAAUUUCGAAGACAGGUCUACUUCCGUCUUUCUCUCGUGCCAUGGCACGACUACGGCUACUUCGUGAUGUCACACGAGACGACGCGCGCCUUCGAGCCGAGUGAGCGCCGC